UCCGGAUGGUAUCGAUGCCUCUUCACCUCUCGAUACUUCGGUAUCGAUGUACCGAGUCGUACCGGAGAUAUCGAUACUCUCGCUGUGUGGAAAUCAGAGGCAAAUUAAUUGCUUUUCCCGUCGAACGCCGAAAGGUGUUCUGAGAGAGGAUGAAAAGUGGAUCGCGAGGUUAAGCGAUAUUUUGUAAAAGGAAUUCCAUGUUCGCAUGGUUCUGAUAUAGUUGAUAUCGACUGAUAUGGAUCUCGAUAACCGUCGCGGCCGAAAUACGCGCGCUUAUCUUGCACGUAUGACGUGCUCGCCGAGUGAUGUUUAUACGGGAAAGUGAUGAGUGUACGGUAUUUUAAGACAUCGGCUACUUUGCGAUUACCAAGAUGCCAUUCAAAUUUCAUUUGAAGAAGAGCAGGCAGUAUAAUGUCGUAUCCAAGAAUCAGUAUGUGAUCUGUGUCGAAUUAUUAGAUGCCACUUCUAUAGAAUGCACCCUUAGCAUCGAUAGUGUCGGCCAGGAAUGUCUGGACAAUGUGACACAACGUUUAGGUCUGGGACAACCUGAGUUUUUUAGCCUACGCUAUGUCUGCCGUAGCACAUCGACAUUGCGAUGGAUAGAUAUGGACAAACCUCUGAAAAGACAGCUUGAAAAAGAUGCUAAAAACUUUAUACUUUAUUUAAGAGUUAUGUACUAUGUCGUGGAUGUGCAACUCAUUCAAGAUGAGAUGACAAGAUACCAUUAUUAUCUUCAAUUGAAGAACGAUGUACUAGAAAACAAAAUACAUUGCAAUACCAGGCAAGCUUCCAUCUUGGCAAGCUAUUCUAUGCAAGCUGAGUUUGGAAAUUAUAAUCCGGAAAGACACACGAUCGAGCAUCUUCAACAAUGCACUUUCUUCCCAAAUGAUGGCAAAACAGAUCCAAAUGGGCAAGACUCUCUCUUACAUGCAACGAUAUGUCAAUACAAGAAUCUUAUGAAUAUGACACAAGCUAUUGCGGAAGAGCUUUAUAUCUCGAUUGUCAUGCAGCUGGAAGGGUAUGGAACUGAAACAUUUACUGCUAAGGAUAACAGUAAUAAUAAAGUUAUACUUGGAAUUUCCAUCAAUGGAAUUAUGGUGACUUCUCCUAAUACACAAACAACACAAUUUUACAGAUGGAAAGACAUCAGUAAUGUCAUAAAUCAAAAGAAAACAUUUAGGAUAGAAUAUAAAUUGGAAGAUGCGAAACAAUUUAUAUUUACCGAGUCACGCGAUGCUAAAUACGUAUGGAGAUUAUGUAUAGCCCAACAUUUAUUUUAUAUACAGUAUCAAGAACGUCGUCCGCUAGAAAGACCUACUUGCUGUGAUAAUGAUACAAAUGAUUCUAGUGAACAAGCAAUAUCCGUGAACUCGGAUAACAGGACGUCGGACACACAUACACGGUGGACAAGUUACAAUGAUCUUUCGAUACCAUCACCGUAUCCUGUUGUAUCUGUUUCGUCAACUGAUAUAAAUAGCUUGCGCGCGUUAUUACCAUCAUAUAGACCGGCGCCUGAUUACGAAACGGCAGUUCAAAUGAAAUAUAAUAACGGUGGAAAUCCUCCUCAGCCUUACUAUGCAAAUCAGUCCGCGAUAGUUGGUUCAGAUAUCUCGUGCCUUCUUGGUGUAAAUCGUAAUAGAUAUUAAAAAAUUUAACAAAAUACACAAAA